AUGUGCCAUGAAGCAAUCGGCGGUUCUCUUUGGGAAGAUCGCUUACCACAUGCAGGUAUAGACGAAACAAUAUCUUCCUCUAGACAAAAUGUUAGAGGGAGUCAAGAAGACACGGAGCGCGGAAGCCUUCGCCGAAGGAGCAGAACUUCCAGGAGAUCGACGUUUCGUAGCGUGGCUCCCUUGACAACAGCUGGCCAGGGGACUCAAUUCAAUCUUGCCGGUCCCAGCGAAUCUCAGCAGUUGCGCAGCGCGCAUGAGCCUUUCGUUCAUCCAGGUUACGGAGAUCUCAACCCAUCAUAUGAACAACCGAAUAACACCAAGCCAAUAUGGAGUUUGGCAAAGCCGCUGCCGCGCGUUGUUCGGCCAGGAAUGGUCCCAACGAAGAAUGAAUUGCUGGAGAGCUGUAUCAAUGCAGAGCUACCGGCCGAAAACUCCCAAAAGCUGGGACUGGAUGUUGACCCGAAUGAGCUGGAAAAGGGUCGCAUUGACAAGUCGGCAGACGUACGCAAGAUGGCAGCACAAGUUACCGAUGCCCGAGUGCAGAGGGAAAAUAACUUUAUAAAAACCAUCCUAGCAUCAGAUGCUGAGUCGGCGUCUGGAGAUGUCGCCCAGCUUGUGCAAACAAGAUCAAGCCAAAGACGAGCCACGAUUACGCGCCCACCGGUCCAGAGCCCUCUGGAUACUGUGGAGGAGAGUGUGUCUGACCACCUAAGCACCGCAUCGAAAAAAAGACGUAGCCGUGAGUCUCAGCGGCUAGACGAGGCCGAGGGAGAAAUUGAUUUAGGACCAGACGAACUCAUCGAGGGCAACAGGUCUCUCGAAACACUUCGCAUCGAUCAAGAGGCAUAUCCGGAGGAUCUUCACCCAUUAGUCCAGAAUUUGGUGGAAGAUGAAAUCCACAACAACCACACUGUCUGGUCUGUUGUCCGCACCCAUCAUCGCGAGGCUUUGGCCGAGUCCCUUGCUGUUUUCAUCCAGCUGACUGUCGGAUUUUGCGCCGACAUUGCCGUUACUGUGGCCAAUGCUGGUAAUCCCAAUACUACGGCCUGGGCUUGGGGAUUUGCCAGCAUGAUGGGCAUCUACAUCUCUGGUGGCGUUUCUGGAGCUCAUCUGAACCCUACAAUCACCGUCAUGUUGUGGUUCUUCCGCGGAUUUCCUAAGCGCAAGAUGCCCGAGUACUUUCUCGCUCAGUUUAUUGGAGCAUUUUGUGCGUGUUUUGCCGCGUAUGGCGUCUACUAUGUGUCUAUCCAGCAUUAUGUCUCGAGUGGCACGGGUACAGAUCAGGAAAUCAUGAACUGCUUCGUCACAAACCAGCGCAACCCAUACAUCAAUGUCCCCACAGCUCUUUUCACCGAGUUUGUCGGCACAAUGUGUCUAACUGUCGUCGUGUUAGCACUCGGUGACGACCAAAAUGCCCCUCCUGGUGCGGGUAUGAACUCUCUUAUUAUUGGUCUAGUUAUUGUGUGUCUUACGAUAAGCUUUGCCAACCAGACGGGCGCUGCUCUUAACCCGAGUCGUGACUUUGGACCACGAUUGGCACUCUUGGCUCUUGGUUAUGGUUCUGAACUAUUCACUAAUCCUUACUGGUUUUAUGGUCCUUUCGCAGGCACGCUCAUGGGCUCAUUCACCGGGGCGUUCCUUUACGAUUUCUUCAUCUUCACUGGUGGCGAAUCCCCAGUCAACUAUCCUCUGGACCGGACACAGCGUGCCCUACGUAAGAGUGGGAUGAAGUGGCGGCGUCGGCUACACCUGACUCCCAAAGAGGAAGAAGACAAGGUUGUUUAG